ACCCCCCCUCACCAUCGCGCAGGAUUUCCCAUUCCCAACCCCUGGGAGGCUGCAAGGCAGAGGAAUAUGCCCCAGGACACUGAUGCAGAGCAGGAGCUGAGCAUGGAGAGCAGGGAGGACAAAUGCCCGCGGCAGAACCUGGUGGCAGAGGCCGUUUUGAGCGGCUCCACAGCGCAGGAAUCCAACACGGAGGAAAAGCCCUGGAGAUGCCGCACGAGGAGGGGCUGCAAACGCAGCUGGCGGGGAUCUGAGGGGGAAAGAGCCAACCUGGGCCGAGAAGGCGGCCAGAGAUGGAGCCAGAGCUUGGAGCUGGUGCUCCGUGAGCAGCUCCAUGAUGGGGAGAAGCCCCAGAAACGUGUGCAGUGUGGGAAGAGGUUCCGGAGGAGCUCCGACCUGAUCAAGCACCAGAGGACCCACACUGGGGAACGGCCCUACGAUUGUGAUCAAUGCAGGAAAAGAUUUAAGACCAGCUCCCAUCUCCUCCAGCACCAGCGCACGCACAUGGAGGAGAUGCCCUUCCGCUGCCCCGACUGUGGGAAGGGAUUCAGGCACAAGUCCCAUCUUGUCAUGCACCAACAAAUCCAUACUGGGGAGAGGCCCCAUAAGUGUGAGGAAUGUGGGAAGAGCUUCAGCCGGAACUCCAGCGUGAUCCGGCACCAGGUAAUCCACACCGGGGAGAGGCCCUAUGAGUGUGAGGAGUGUGGGAAGAGCUUCAGCUUGAGAUCCCAGCUGAUGAGGCACCAGGUGGUCCACACUGGGGAGAGGCCCCACGAGUGUGAGGAAUGUGGGAAGAGCUUCAGCCGGAGCUCCACCCUGAUCAGGCACCAGAGGACCCACACUGGGGAAAGGCCCUACGAGUGUGAGGAGUGUGAGAAGAGGUUUAGCUUGAGAUACGAGCUGAGUCAGCAUCAGAGGACCCACACUGGGGAACAGCCCUACGAGUGCGAUCAGUGCAGGAAGAGAUUUAAGUCCAGCUCCCAUCUCCUCCAGCACCAGCGCACGCACACAGAGGAGAGGCCCUUCCGCUGCCCCGACUGUGGGCAGGGCUUCAGGCACAAUUCCCAUCUUGUCAUGCACCGACAAAUCCAUAGUGGGGAGAGGCCCCACGAGUGUGAGGAAUGUGGGAAGAGCUUCAGUCGGAGCUCAACCCUGAUCAGGCACCAGAGGACCCACACUGGGGAACGGCCCUACGAGUGUGGGGAGUGUGGGAAGAGGUUCAGACAGAGCGCCAACCUGAUUCAGCACCGGAACAUCCACACUGGAAAACGGUCGCACAGGUGUGGGAAAUGUGGAAAGAGCUUCAGGCAGCAUUCCUACCUGAUCCGCCACCAAAAGAUCCACACAGGGGAGAGGCCCUACGAGUGUGAUAAAUGCAAGAAGAGGUUUAAGACCAGCACCUGUCUCCUCAAGCACUAUUGGAUUCACAGAGAGGAGAGGCCCUUCCAAUGCCCUGACUGCGGGAAGGGAUUCAAGCACAACUGCACCCUCGUCACCCACCGGCGCAUCCACACCGGGGAGAGGCCCUACGAGUGUGAGGAGUGUGGGAAGAGCUUCUCACAGCGCUCUCACUUGAACAAGCACCAACGGAGCCACCGGUAAGGGAAGCCCUGCGAGUGCCCCGAGAGCGGGAGGAGCCUGGUGCACUGCUCCAGCUCCAUCCCCCACUGGAGGAGGCACUUUGGGCACAGCCCUGGUCACUCACAUUCCUGUGAUCCAUGUUGGGAACACACCAGGCUGCUUCUCCUUUCCGUUUGGCCUGAAUUUUCUUCUGCUUCAUCUUCAUCUCUUAAAAGCAGCCAACCAGGGUUAAUUGAAUGAAAUUGAUCAAAGAUGUCCAAAGUCCCUCCAUUAAUCAGGAGUUUGAGGGGGAAUUUAGGACUUGGGGACACAUUCUGUGUGGAGUGGCUCUGUGUCUAAGAGGCAGGAAUUUGAUUUCACCCUUCUUGUGUUGCUAAGAACUCCUCCCUUGACCCAAACCCCAACUCCAGCCCUGGGAUACCCUAUAAAAAACCCCAU